UACAUUUUUAAAUAUAUUCCUCUUUUUCCUGUGAAAUGCAAAGUUCUGCAUGUACAGUUCAGAAUGCAUUAUAAUAGAAACAAGAAGCAUAGAAUUAAGAAAUAUACUUCGACAACAGAUCAUACUCGGCCUAUAAAAAAAGCCACGAAGAAAGUCAUGUAUUUUGCUUAAAUACGUUCGAAAAUUGUGCAGGAAAUUGUCCGGAAAAUAGUUUGCCGCUCAGUGAGCGCUAAUGGUUUCGCCGGACAGAGGCGAGAACGCGGAACGGCGUAAAAAUGUGAUUUUUUCGCUCGCAAUGCAUUUUGUAAUGCCGUGAGCCUCGCGCUUUCGCGAGGAGAAACAGAGACCGAUGGAGAACUACUCCGUGCGCAUCAAUUAUCCGCAAACCGCUCGCGGGGACCCGGAGGAAUCAUCCACGUCACACGACACCCAGCCGAAGCAGUAUGCGGAUCAUGUCAAAAAGAGGGAGGACGUGAUCGUUCUGACAAGCGACACGAAGGGUGGCUUGUGUAAUCCCAGAGCUCUGCUCUUUCUCACUCUGUGGUAUGUCUUCAGUGGGUGCACCCUAUUUUUAAACAAAUAUAUACUGUCCUACAUGGAAGGUGAUCCCACUAUCCUGGGUGCUUGUCAGAUGUUGAUGACAGCAAUUUGCGGUUUCAUACAAAUAUACUUCCCUUGCGGCAUGUACAAGGCUAGUCCAAGAUUAAUAAGACCUCCGGGAUUUUAUAAACAUAUGACAUUGGUAGGGUGCACAAGGUUUGCGACAGUGGUCUUGGGUCUAGUGUCAUUAAAUUACGUAGCUGUAAGUUUCACAGAAACUAUAAAGAGUAGUGCACCACUUUUCACCGUCCUCAUCAGCAGGUAUUUAUUAGGGGAACAUACGGGAUUAUAUGUAAAUCUGUCUUUGAUACCUGUAAUGAGUGGACUGGCACUGUGUUCUAUCAAUGAAAUUAGUUUCGAUUUUAGAGGAUUUAUCGCUGCUAUGGCCACAAACGUGACCGAAUGUUUGCAGAACGUUUAUUCGAAAAUGUUGAUCAGCGGCGAUAAUUUCAAAUACACACCGGCAGAGUUACAAUUGUAUACCAGUUUAGCGUCAAUUGUGGUGCAAAUACCGGUGUCGUUACUGCUGGUGGAUCUAUCCACGCUGGAGCAUUCCUUGAGCUUUAAGUUAUUUGCGGCAUUCCUUCUCAAUGGAGUAUUCUUCCACUUUCAAAGCAUCACUGCUUAUGUACUUAUGGACUACAUCAGUCCCGUGACACAUAGUGUCGCUAAUACCACAAAGAGAGCUUUUCUAAUAUGGCUCUCCGUUGUUUUAUUUAAUAACCCGGUGACGGGAUUAUCACAGCUCGGCACCGCCUUGGUCAUAGUGGGCGUAUUACUGUACAAUCGAGCACAGGAGUGCGACAGGAUAAACAGAACAAAGUUACGGUAUUCGUCGAAAAUCAAUUUCCAGUAAAAUAAUUCUUUUUCGAAAUCGACAAAGGUUUAUACAUACAGGAGCAGAAAUAUGUGUGUCACUGCACCAAAUGUAUUGCAUUGGUAGUACAAAUGAUGUCCAGUUUUUAUAUAACGAUAUUUCUCGGCGAGUAUAUAUUGAUUUAAGGCAAGAUGCAAUGAAUGCAAAUCAUGUUUAUUGUAUUUCUCGGUUAGUCGGAAAUCAAUUUUUAUAAUCCACUAACAAUAAGAGUAUUUGAUAUUUUUUCAUUACUCUACAACAUAAUAACUGUAUAUUAAUUUAAAGAUGUAAUUCGUUGUUUCUUCAGAAAAUAUCUAUUCGCACAUUCUCAGAAAGGCACAAACAAAACCAAAAGAAAUCGGGACAAGCAAUAACAUGUCAAAGCAUUGUCGUGUCGUAUAGUGUUCCUAAUAUAAAUCUGAGAACUAUGGAAUGUAAAAAUGUUUUAUAAAAAUAAAAUCUCUUUAUAUACCUAUUGA